CGAUUUGUUCACUUCGGGGCAUAUAUCAGAAGCCGAUUCGGCAAAGAUAGGCCCGUAACGUUGACUAAGUCAAUCUUGGAACCUUAGUAAAUCAACUACGAUCAACCGUCCGCAUGGGCAUCCCCACUUUUCUUAUAUUUUUUGCCCGCACGCCUCCAACUUCCGCAUUCGCUCCAAUCUUUUCCCCGCGUAGCACCCCUACUCUGUCUCCUUCUCUCCAUCCUCCUCCGCUGCUCUGCCCCCGGUAGAUGAUGCAGGCGGUGUUGUAGAAAGUCACCCGCCCCUCUCCAUCUCAUCGUCAUCCGCCAUGCCGCCCCGCAAUAUUCUUUCGGCGGAGUCCGCAGAGCAUCACGGCCCGUUUAGCCGGUCUUUCCAAUCUAGUUCGCCUAUCGCCGAAGCCGUGAUUGCUCGCGAUCUUGCGCACUAUGCCGACGAGGACUCAGCUUCGAGCACCGAUGAAGCAUCCGAGGCCUCGACGGUUCGUCCAGCGAGCAGACGCCCUUCCAGCACAUAUGCGGGAACGAAUCCGCACUCGCUGGCUGGGUCUUAUCGCCGCCCAAGCUACUUCACCAGCGUCAAUCAUGCGACCGUCCUUCCGUCGCAUGGGGACUACCAACCGCUAACGGAAGCUGAGCUUCAACAGGCGAUUGCCGAAGAGCGAAGUUUGUUGAGUGAUAACCGAGUCAUUCCGGCGGAGGAAUCGGAAGGAUUGCAACGUAAACUGAGCAAAGUCUUCUCAGCUUCAUCGGCACAGGGGGGGCCCUCGAAGCAAUAUGGCACGAUUGCGAGCGCCGAUGGAGAAACAACCGCACUAUUGAGACCAGAGGAAGGUCCUGAACUGGGACCGGAGGAGAUUGAUCGCAAGUGGGAGGAAGCCGUAACGGCCGGUCUGAUUAACACAACGUGGAAGCGGGAAACGGAGGUUAUUUUUCGAUAUUCUGCUCCAUUGAUGGUCACUUUCUUGCUACAGUACUCGCUCACCGUAGCGAGUAUUUUCACGAUCGGCCAUCUGGGCAAGGAGGAACUGGGUGCCGUCAGUCUCGCUUCCAUGACGGUUUCAAUCACUGGUAAUGCGGUAUACUCUGGGUUAGCCACGAGUCUAGAUACCCUCUGCGCUCAAGCUUAUGGAUCGGGUAAGAAGAAGCUCGUCGGUCUACAAAUGCUUCGCAUGAUCUUUUUCCUAUUGGUUGUGACUAUCCCCAUCGCCACCUUGUGGUACUUCUCCGAGCAUAUUCUAGCCAAGAUCGUGCCGGAGAAGCGGGUAGCCGAAAUGGCAGGCUUGUACAUGAAGGUUGCGCUCUUUGGGCUACCGGGAUACGCUUGCUUUGAGAGUGGUAAGCGAUACCUGCAGGCCCAGGGUGUCUUUUCUGCUUCUCUAUAUGUUCUGAUUAUUUGCGCACCGCUCAAUGCGUUCAUGAACUGGUUUUUUGUUUGGAAACUGCAAUGGGGAUUCAUCGGUGCUCCUAUCGCCGUUGCCAUCACCGAGACUCUCCUCCCUAUCUGCCUGUUCGCAUACAUCUAUUUCCGUGUUGGCUCGGAAUGCUGGUGCGGAUUUACGAGACGCGCCUUCGACAACUGGGGCCCCAUGAUUCGCCUCGCCCUGCCUGGUCUUAUCAUGGUUGAAGCAGAAUGUCUCGCCUUCGAGGUGCUGACCCUUGCAUCCAGCUAUCUGGGUACAUCUGAACUGGCUGCUCAAUCCAUUCUAUCCACCAUCUCUAGCAUCACUUGGCAGAUCCCCUUCCCACUGUCGAUUGCUGGCAGUACACGUGUUGCGAAUCUGAUCGGUGCUUCAUUGGCAGGCGCCGCUAAGACGUCAGCCAAGGUGAGCUUCUGCGGAGCUACCAUCGUCGGCCUAUUCAACAUGAUUCUUCUAUCGAGCCUUCGAUCCUCCAUCCCCAAGCUCUUCAGUUCCGAUCCCGAAGUGAUCGCCAUCGUCGCGGAGGUUCUUCCUCUGUGCGCCGCUUUCCAGCUCUUCGAUGCCCUUGCAGCUAAUUGCAACGGUAUUCUCCGCGGUCUAGGUCGCCAGGAGAUCGGUGGUUAUAUCCAACUGUUCUGUUACUAUGCUAUCGCUAUGCCCAUUAGCAUGGGCACAACGUUCUCAUUGGGUUGGGGUGUCAUGGGUCUCUGGACCGGUGUUGCCAUUGCUCUGUUGCUGGUUUCUGCCACCGAAGGUCUCUUCAUUAGCCGAAUCAGCUGGGAACGAUCCGUGGAAGAAGCUCAGCAGCGGAAUGAGCUGAUCUAAGAGUUUUACUCACAAGAGCUUGGCGGCGAUUCUGCGAUUUUCAUAUACACGAUGCCACGCUUAUGAUGGAGAGUUUGGAGAUGACCAUGUGUCUAUAUGAGGAACGAGACCCCGUAUGAGGGCUAGUGGGGCUGUAGGAUUGUACAUAGAUAUGGGCUUCGGAUAAUGCAUGAAUAGGGAAGAGAUGAAUCAUGAUAUCAUUUGAAUUUGAAUUUGCAAUAUCGCUUCUAAUCGAAUAAGAGAAGACUGGCUUUUGUGAUCAUGCAAGCCUGUCAGUCAUCGGAGUCUACCUAGUACUCCAGAAUGGCCCAGGUCUGCUCAUCCGACGUGGAGAAAAUCACACCCGCCCCCAGCAGCUCUUCACCAGCACGAGCGACAUCCGUGGCUGGAACGUUCAUCUUCGCGGCAAUCUGCUGCACGUGCAGACCAGUAUCAUCCUGGGGCUCGGUCCUCAGCACUUGGUACACCUUCUUGGCAAGCGGUGACAUGGACAUGAGAGCCCGGUUCUGGCCAGCACCAUAGUCAUCUGCGCCACCCAUUACUGCAUCACCACCGGCGGCAGUAGCACCCUUAGCACCGGUAUUCGCACCUCCAGGGGGACCGCGGGUGAAGAAUAGAUGGACAACGGUAGCCUCGAGGAUGUGACAGUGCAGCUCGUUGAUAUCCUUCACCGGAAGCACAUUGUGCGCACCGAUAUACCGCUUAUUACCAAAGGACUUGAUCGCACCAGAGACACGAGCGUAGCCGUUCAGUUCGAUCUCGUUCUUGCCGCUCCCGGGAGCCUUGCCUUCGUCUGUGUCCAUGCUGUCUGCACUGCCCGAGUCGACCCAUUUCUUGACCUCGAUCUCACCGGUACCAUCAUCGAUUUUGUAUGUGACGUUGGUGCUUUGGGAGCUGAUGUUGCGCACCUGGCCGAUGAAAAGCACGCUGGCUACAUCGGCACCAUCGACUUGGUAGUUGGCUUCGGGGAAGGGCUGGGAUGCGUCGACGAUUUGCUUGACUGUGACGGGGCGAAGGGUCUUGUUAUCACGAUCACCACCCUGGAAACUGUGUGAGUCAACGGCUCAUAUAUUUAUACUCAAUUUAUUCUCACCUUUCCGCCAGAAGGGCUGUUCAUCU